AUGGCCUCCGAGGAGCUGUAUGACGUUGAAAGGGUCAUUGACAAGAGGCAAAACAAGAAAGGGAAGACGGAGUAUGUGGUACAGUGGAAAGGCUAUGGCAGGGAGGAUGCCACAUGGGAGCCAGAGCAGCACCUGGUGAACUGCGAGGAGUGCAUCCACGACUUUAACCGGCAGCACACCGGGAAGCAGAAGGAGGGCACCCUCACUAGAGCCAAGCGGACCUCCCCAAAGAAUGGCCAGAAUCAGAUCUCCAGAUCCAUCAACAGCAGCUUCUCCAAGGCCGCCCCCAAGGCCCUAGUGGUGGACAAGGAGCACGAGGCCAAGAGCAGCCUGCCGUUUACUGCCAGCCAGAAGUUCCAGGAGAGCUCCGCACGGGGCCUGGCCACCUACAAGUACAUGGACCUGGCCCAGUUGGGCAACAGGAUUCUCGUGCCCAAGAGCCCCAUAAAGAGUGGGACUGUGCUGGACAGCUUUCAUGACGAGAGCCCCGAGAAUCCGGACCCCAUGAAGCAGGGGCCGGAAGAUACAGCAGCCCCAGAGGCGGCAGCCGAGAAGCGGAUCGGGGACCUACUGAGCCCGGGGGCAGAGCCGGUGAUGAUGGGGAGCCGGCCCUGGAUACACCCAUUGUUGCCACGGGCGUCGGGCCCCGUGAAGGCCGCCAUGGCCACAGGGCUGGCCAUGAAAGGGAAUGGCACGUCCGAUUUGGUGGACGCACUUCCAGUCAACUGCACAAGUCCCCUGCAGACGUCAGUCAUGGGCAUGAAAGCUGGGAAGAAGAAGUUCAUGAAGGACAGGCGAGACCAGCCCUUUAACAAGCAGCUGCGCUUCAGCGUGCGGCAGAGGGAGAGCACCUACAGGUACCGGGACAUUGUUGUCCGGAAGCAGGACGGCUUCACCCACAUCCUGCUGUCCACCAAGUCAUCCGAGAACAACUCGCUGAACCCGGAGGUGAUGAAGGAGCUGCAGAGAGCGCUGAGCAUGGCCAACGCCGACGACAGCAAGCUGGUGUUGCUCAGCGCCGUGGGCAGUGUCUUCUGCUGCGGCCUGGACUUCCUCUACUUCAUCCGGCGCCUGCCAGAUAACCGCAAGAGGGAGAGCGCCAGAAUGGCUGAGGCCAUCAGAAACUUCGUGAACACCUUCAUCCAGUUCAAGAAGCCUAUUGUCGUAGCUGUGAAUGGCCCAGCCAUUGGGCUAGGAGCAUCCAUCCUGCCUCUCUGUGAUGUGGUCUGGGCCAACGAAAAGGCAUGGUUCCAGACGCCCUAUACCACCUUCGGACAGAGUCCAGACGGCUGUUCCACCGUCAUGUUCCCCAAGAUUAUGGGAGGAGCUUCUGCCAACGAAAUGCUGUUCAGAGGGCGGAAGCUAACAGCACAGGAGGCGUGCAGCAAAGGGCUGGUCUCCCAGGUGUUCUGGCCUGGGACCUUCACCCAGGAAGUCAUGGUUCGCAUCCAGGAGCUCGCCUCUUGCAACCGUGUCGUGCUGGAGGAAUCCAAGGCCCUUGUGCGCUGCAACAUGAGGCUGGAGCUGGAGCGGGCCAAUGAGCGGGAGUGUGAGGUGCUCAAGAAGAUAUGGGGCUCCGCGCAGGGCAUUGACUCCAUGCGCAAGUACCUGAAGUGCAAGACCGACGAUUUCUGA